UUUCGUGGCGUGUUUCCGUAUUCAUUAUGUUUCAUACGUUUUGCAAAAUUUUAUUGCUUAGAAUUUUAGAUUGUUCAUAUUAAUAUCUUUCUCAGUAUCUCUAAUAAACAGAACACAAAUCCUUAUCCUUCUAUUAUAAUAUGCUUUUAAAAAAAGGUCCGGUAACACAGCCAGCUUAUUCAACAGUCAAGCCAUCAAGUAUUCAUCACAAGUAGCCAGUAGAAAUAAGUGAAAAUUCACGAAAAUAUAGAGAAAUAGGAGCUUUAUUGAAAAUAACACUAAACAACCAGUAAGCCACUUAAUGAGAAAGUUGUUCUUGGCCUUGCACGCAACGCAAAUGCGGCCGAGGCCAAACAACUGUAAACAAGGUUUUACUAGAAGUCGGAAGUUUAAAAGCAUUCCCCCCUAGUAAAAAAAGAGAAGCAGUUGAAAAUUUAGGCACUUUCUAGUAGAACACGUAUAUUUCAUGAAUGAAAAUUAUGGGUAGUGUUAAGCGAAUUAGUAAUAUAUAGAGUGACUUUAAUUCGAAUUUUGUGUGCUAAGAAAAGCGUACAGAUAACUAACUACAAAUGAAAGUUUAGUCAAAUAGCUACGCUGACAAAAUGAAAUGUUACCAAAGGAUUGCUUUUGUAUCCCUCGGAAUUUUUUUAUUUUCACAAAGUUAAUUGGAACUGCGCAUAGUUGGUGUUAAAAUAUUGUAUUGCUGUUUGAAUACCGUUUAAUUCUAGUAUGCGGUACACACGGGAUUUGGCGACAUUAUGAUGCAAACUGCUAAAUAAAUAAUCUGAAGAAAAUUAAAAUUUUUUAUCUCCCAACUUGAAGUAGUGCUUAGUUAUGUACAGAAUUCUUAAUUAUAAGAAGUGUAUUCCUUCUACAGAUAGUUGUAAUCUCAAGUAUGUCUGUCUUCCGAAAACCACCUGACGUACUGUUUUCCAAAGUUAUUUUAACAAAAGGUUAUGGUUUUAAUACACCUAGGGAUGGUUCAACAUGUAAGAUUAAAGUAACUGCAGAUGAGAUGAAUUUGGUUACAAAUUUAGAUGAUUUCCAUAUAAAAGAUAUUAUUAUUGGUGAUAUAGAUGACUACAUCGAUCGAGUAAUCGAGGACUGUGUUCGGACAAUGAAAAUACAGGAAGAAUGCCGUGUGAUAUUUCAGCAUCCAAAUUUUUACAAUGAUUCUGGUAGUCCCAUUGAGAGCUCAAUUAAAGCAACAUAUAUGAAGAUUGAGAAUAAUGAAAUGGUGGACUCCAGAAAUGAAUUAAAUAAUCUGCCAGAAAAUAAUACUGCAUCUAAGGCUAAAAGUGAAGAUAAUGAAUCCAAGGAAAAAGUUGUAGAAUCUUCUCCUUCAUCUUCUGAGGAAAAGCAAUCAAAUGGAUGUGGUGUUAGUACUAAUCAGUUUCACAGUGUCAUUAAUCAGAGUAUUUCCAAUAAUUUAGUUGAAAUUCAUCUUCAACUUUUGGCAUAUACAAAUGAACCAGAAGCAUGGGAAAUGAGUGUUACAGAAAAGUGGUGUAGAGCUAAUCAUCAUAAGCAGAAAGGUUUAGAAUUAUAUUCACAUGGAGCUUCUCAGCAUGCAUUUAGACGAUUUGGAUUUGCCCUCAAGUAUGUCAUUUCUUUGGAACAUGAUAUACCACCUGAGCAGGAGGGAGAUAUGGAUUUCAAAGAUCUUAAAUUAGCAUGUUACCUUAAUAUUGCAGCAUGCCAAAUGCGCCAUCAUAAUUAUGAAUCUGUUGUAAUCAAUUCUACUAAAGCACUGUCAAUACAACCUGAAAAUGUGAAAGCUCUCUAUAGGCGAGGAGCUGCCUAUGUGCAGUUACAAGAAUAUGAAAAAGCCGAUGAAGAUCUUUCAUCUGCUCAUCGCAUGGAGCCUAAUAAUCAAGCUGUUGUGAAGCAAAUUCAGAUUCUUAAACACAGAGUUCAGAAAUUAAAUCAGUAUUAUGCAAAUGCCAUGAAAAAGCUGUUUUCAUAAAUUCCAUUAUAUAACAUGUUUCAAGUCAUGAUAUUGACAGUGUUUCAUUCAAGUGAAAACUGCAGUACUGAUUUGAGGUAUUUUUGCAAGACAGUUAUAGGCUUUAAAAUAUAUUCAUAAAAAUCAGAAGUUUACAUAUUGUUUGAAUUAAAUUUACUGUAUGAUAUGUAUUUUCUGUAUGAUAUAUAUUUCUGAGUUAAUGUGCAAUAAUGAGUUAAUGGUUUAUAUAUUAUAUUUCUGAUGAAUCAAUAUUGCAAAUAUUUAAUUAAAAUUAUUAUGCCAUUUUUUCCCGAACAUCUAUUAUUACUUAUAUUUGUUAUAACUGUAACUGAAUUUCAUUACUAUGUCUGACAAAAACUGAUAGGAUGCUAUAUAAGUAUUUUCUAUCAUGAAUUUUAAAAAAGUACUUCUGUACUAGUAUGGUUAUUUCUUUAGUGCAUAAUUUUAUACACAAUUUAAAAGAAAUAAAUAUGUGCAAAGGCGAGAUUCAUAUAAAAGAUUUUCUUACAAUAAAUAAUUAUUUUUCA